AUGAAUAGAACAAAUAUACUUCAUUAUCUAUCUAUCUAUCUAUCUAUCUAUCUAUCUAUCAACUCCUUAUAUGUAUCUCUCCCUCUCUCCUCUCUCUCUCUCUCCCUAUCUCUCUAUAUAUGUAUGAGUCUAAGACUCUUUCUUUCUUUCUUUCUUUCUUUCUUUCUUUCUUUCUCAGGUCCUUUCUUUUUACUAUCUAUCUAUCUAUCUAUCUAUGAAUUCUUUCUUUUUUUAUCUCUCUCUCUCUCUCUCUCUCUAUCUAAGACACGUUCUUUCUUUCUUUAUUUCUUUCUUUCUUUCUUUCUUUUUCAAGUCCUUUAUCUAUCUAUCUAUCUAUCUAUCUAUCUAUCUACCUAUCUAUCUAUCUAUCUAUCUCAGACACGUUCUUUCUUUCUUUUUCAAGUCUUUUCUUUUUCUAUCUAUCUAUCUAUCUAUCUAUCUAUCUAUCUAUCUAUCUAUCUAUCCCUGCCCUUUUUUCGAAUCUAUCUAUCUAUCUAUCUAUCUAUCUAUCUACUCCUUAUAUGUAUCUCUCUCUCUCUCUUCUCUCUCUCUCUCUCUCUCUCUCUAUCUAUCUAUCUAUCUAUCUAUCUAUCUAUCUAUCUAUGUGUUUUUUUUUUUACUAUCUAUCUAUCUAUCUAUCUAUCUAAGACACGUUCUUUCUUUUUUUCUUACUUUCUUUCUGUAUUUCUUUUUCUAUCUAUCUAUCUAUUGAUCAUUUUCUCUCCUCUCUUUACUUAUUUUUUUUAUUAUUAUUUUCAUUCCUUCCUUCCUUAUGCCAAUCUUUAUGUCUUUCAUUCAUUCUUUCUUACUUUCUUUUUUCUUUCUUCUUUUUACAUCUUCCUUUCUUUUUGUUUUUCUUUUUGUCUUUCAUUUUCUAUCUAUCUAUCUAUCUAUCUAUCUAUCUAUCUAUCUAUCUAUCUAUCUAUCUAUCUUUUUAUUAUUAUCCAUAAUCUUUCUUUCUUCUUAAAUUUUGUCCUUUCCUAUUCUCUCUUUCAUUUUCAGCAUCUUCCUUUCUUUUGGCUUUUUUCUUUUUGUCUUUCAUUUUCUUUCUUUCUGUCUUUUAUUCUAUCUAUCUAUCUAUCUAUCUAUCUAUCUAUCUAUCUUAUAUUUUAUUCAUUCUUCCUUUCUUUUUUCUUUUUUCUUUCUUUUUCUUUUUCUUUUUUUCAUAAUCUUUCUUUCUUUAUUUUUCUUUCUUUCUUUCUUUCUUUCUUUCUUUCUUUCUUUCUUUCUUUCUUUCUUUCUUUCUUUCUUUGA